UUAACCAAUUAGAGUACUCCACUUAGACUGCUAACUAAGCCUCUCGCAUCAAUGGCCUCACCACUUCCCUUAACAUUCUUCAUCCUCUCCUUCUCCCUCGUCGUCUCCACCUCAAUCUCCUCCAACGAAAAGGAAACCCACCUCCACUUCUACUUCCACGACAUAGUUAUUGGAAAAUCCCCAACGGCGAUGCGAAUCGCUCAGGCCAACACCACCGACACGUCAAAGACUUUAUUCGGUGCGCUCGUCAUGAUCGACGAUCCACUAACGGAGUCAUCCGACCUCGACUCCAAGCUCAUCGGACACGCACAAGGCAUGUACGCCCUCGCGUCGCAAGAGGAAGCCGGAUUAAUGAUGGCUAUGACGUUUUCCUUCGUCGACCAGGAGUUUAACGGGAGCACAUUGGUGGUUCUUGGUCGGAACGCGGUGUUCGAUGAGGUAAGGGAGAUGCCGGUGAUCGGAGGGAGUGGAAAGUUUAGGUUUGCCAAGGGGUAUGUGCUGGCUAAGACUUAUGCGUUUGAUCUUAAGACAGGGAAUGCGGUUGUGGAGUAUGAUGUGCAUGUUAGGCAUUGGUGAUGUUAUGCGGCUUUGAGCUUUGUCAAUGUUGGGAGUGGUGAAUGGUUGAGACUUUUGGAUUGGUGAUGUCACAUAGUCAAUGGAGCACGAAUGUUUUGUUUA